AUGCGCAUGCUCCGAGGUAGUUCAGACGUCAAGGAACUGGUGAAGACGGCUCAUGCCUUUUGGAAUUUCGGCAAAGAAAUUUUGGGCACAAAUAUUCUGGGCAAAGAUCCUCCAUCAUUGAUUCCACCAUGUGCUGGACAUUUUUCACGAGAGGAAGAUGCAGAAAUGAGAGAGAAGCUCAAAACUCUUUGCCAAGGAGGAAAGAGCUCCAGUGUUGUGAAGACUCUCUUAUUACAAGGACCAUCCGGACAUGGAAAAAAUCAUUCAGCUGCAAAUCUGAUGACCACAAUUUACACAACGCGAAUAACAAAUUCUUUCCGAUCACGAGCUGAUCAGGGUAAACCAAAAUUGUUCCUAAAAAACCCCACGAUAAGAUGGACUCUAAAUGCGACCAAUAAACAGACGUUGUUUGAUAGUUACAAAAGUCUUGCUGAAGCAGUUGGGUUGAUCGAGGAAGCCACUGAUGCUUAUAUGGAACUCCCACUUCACAACAGGACAUCGGAGGGGAGGCUAUAUCAAAUGCACCUCCGCAAUCUUUGUGAGAAAAACGCCUAUGAUGAAGCUCUUGAACAGAUAUACGCAAAAGUUAUGAAGGAGCUCCGACAGAAAGACUCAUGGGUCCUUUACAUCCAAGGAUCCAAAGCGGAAAAGGUGGCUUCUCUUAGAAGAUUUUGGCCUCAACCGGGUGAUAACAGGUUUGGAAAUGGUCUUGUCAUAAUGACUACUGGUGAAUGCAACACCAAACUUCUGUUUGGAGAGGAGGAUGACUCUGUACUGCAGAAAGUGUACAUUGGAAAAAUGACAGGCCAAGAUUCAGUUGAAUUUCUUGAAACAAAAACGGGCAUAACAGCAACUGGUGACACAAAGAAUGCUAAAGACAUAGCCGUUGAAAUGCUUAAGCGCAGUCCCCAAGAUAUAGCAAAGUAAGUAAUAGAAUGAUCAAACAGAUCAAAGACUUCGAACGUUUUACUGUAGCGCCAGGACUGGGAGUAAAGCGAGCCUUUUACAUCAUCUGCGUUUCUAUCUGCCACGUAAUGACUACACUAAAAGAAUAUACGAUUGGCAAAAUUACACGAGUUUUCUUCUCCCAGCCAGUGUUAGGCGACCAUAAAAAGAGAUUCUAAAUUAUGGAAAAAUGAUUUAUGGAUGAUGAAACAAAGUUUUCAAUGGCGUUAGAACUUCCAACAAAGCACUUUCUUUACCUACAUUUUUGUCCGCCAAGCAUGCCUACAAAAAUAAUUGGUGAAGUUACAAAGGAGUGUCUUUCGUCAGCCCAGUUGUAGGGGCUAAAAUAAUAUAUGAGUUAAAGGACCGAGUUUACCCAUUUUAUCUCACUGAGCCCCUUGUAUUGCUUGUUCAAAAAUGACAGAAUAUUACAACUUUAAUUGUAGUGCACAUUAUUUUUUUUUGCCUCGUUUACAAACAGCCAUCUCAUUUUAGAAAGUCUCUUUUCCAUUGCUGUCUGAGGUUGCAAAGACUGGGCAAAGGGUGAGUUAAGUCGUUUUACUGUUUGCUAUUCUUGACUUAAGGUUUGGAGCAUUUGUGAAAAACUACAGCGAAGAAACCAAUAAGAAGGUAACAUACAAGGAUUUAGUCGAGACGAAAACAGAAUCGCCUUAUGAGUGCAUGCUGCUUCUGGAAAUGACACGCAAAAAUCAAGAAAAGGUACCUGGUGACAAUAGAACUAGAUGAUAAUGAUGCACGAGUUUUGUGGUGUUGUGUUUUAAGUGUAUGAUAGAUUUGUUUAUCAUGAUUAAAUACUAUAGGCGGAAAUGCUAGCCAAGCCCAACAGUUUACAAGGGAGCGCAAGUAUCUGGCAUAUUGCGAUAGCUUUUGAGCGAGCAACAACGGCAAGAGUGUAGUUUGCAACUAAUUUUUUGACUUCAAAAGCUGGUGCGAAACUAAUGGAUUGAAGAAGGAGACUACAAACAACUUCACCAACUUCAACGGCACCACUCUUGUAAACUAACAAUGUCCAAGAGAAAUAUGUUUUAAACUGUGUUUUAAGAAUGCAGCUAUUGCAUGUGGCGGCUAUUUAGAAAACAAGUUGAAUUCAGUAUCACAGUAAAGGUUAAUCGUAGAGAAUUCUCAUACCCAGACUAGAGUCGAGUUUAUUUUUCCCCAUGGUUCUUUUUUAACAAUCCGAGAAGUCCCUCACAAUACUGGGGGAUCCAUUUUUGUGAUUACUGUGCAUGCGCCAGUAAUCACCAUUGGCAUCGAGUUAGUUUUCCGAAAGUAAGUAACAAUAGAAUAAUUAUACUUCGGAGCCAAUCAGCAUACAAAGAAAACCAAUUUUCAGAAUCUUUCGUCGCGACGAUGCUUUGUCGAUGAUAAACGAAACAUUCGGCUGCCUCGUGGUUUUGAGCAUCGUUGUUAAAUUUGGUAGUAGCCAUGCAUUCACGUUACCCAACAGGAAAAAAUCGAAAUUUGUUAAGUCGAGUUUCCCGAUGAGUUUCUCAAGGUGUGAAUACAAUCUAACAGGGGAAUUGGGUUGGCCGAUACCAACUGACAACAAUAAGGGGCUUGGAGUGGGAGUUUCGAACUUCGAUAUAUAAAUUUUCGAGAUCGGCUGUGUCUAAAUCGUUACAAACAGAAAAAUUAAUACCAGAUUUAACACAGAAACAAACACUACCACCGCCAUCGCUGAUUCUGACCAGGAAUGUAAAAUUCGAAAUCUCUAUUAGAAUUAUUUAGUUUUGUUUCUUGAACAGCUAACACAUCUAAAAAAUUUGUCAUCAAGCAAAAUUCUGUCUUCAUCUAUGUGGGUAGAUAAACUGUUAACGUUCAAAGAAGCUAUUUUGAUGCGACGCGUCGAUGGGAGACGAAAAUUUGAUAUGAUGUUGAUUCGUACUUAGAUGAAACAGAUUGAAAGAAAUUCGAUUGCUCAUAUUAUUAGACUCAGAGUCAAAACAAUCGGCCUUCUAGGAGGCAGGCUAAUAAUUAUUUACAUUUAAAGACAAAGAUUUAACAAAAUUCUGUAGAAGUAGGUCAUUACCUUGUCUAGUGAGAUGAUGUCCGCCCUCUAAUUAAUUAAAUCUUUGUUGGAGAUAUCAGUAUGACAAAUGAACUUCCACUACUCACAGUAUCUUUAUUAAAUCUCCACCAUGUGGCUCUACCGAUUUAAUCUACAAAUUUGGAAAAGGAAAGGAAAAAAGACUAAUUUACAAAUCUAAUUAUUAAUAAUAAAUGGAAAAAAUACAUAUUAUAUACAUAUACUUAUUAUUGACUUAAAAAUACUCUAAUGACAUACAAAAAACUGUGGUAUUCGUGCAGUCAGUCACCUACAAUCCUGGUCAAAACCUUUGGGACACUUCGUGUUUUAGGUGAGGAAAAUGUAAUUCAAGUUGACUCCCUCCCCCCUGAACAGUGUUGGGUGUUACAAGUCAAACACCUUUUACAUAUCUUGUACACUUUACAGACUUUAAGGACCUCAACUUUGUUUAGUGGGGGAAAUCUUGUUAAGGCCCUAUUUAAGAGUGUGUAUCGCAGGUUAGCUGCAAAUUCAUACAGAACCAAGUGACAAAGGGGAGGUGUCCCAAAACCUUUUGGCCAGGAUUUUAGUUCUCGGUGUCCAAUUUUGCACAACGCUUAAAGUUUGUGAGCGUUCUACUAUUUCUUGUGCUUGCACUUAGCGAGUUCCAAGUGUUGAUAGAUCGAUAGUGAAAGGAACAUUGCGCAGUGGCUGUCCUGAACAUAGGAACUUCUAGGUUUUCCCUGAAUCUGGUAUAAUUAUGACUAUGGAUUCCUGUUCUUUUACUGAUGUAGCUAUUUAGGUAGGAGGGCGCGAGUCGAUUCACUAUUUUGUAUAACUGUGUGACAUCACAGUCCCGCAGGACUGGUGAGAUAUGGUCGAACUUCCUAGUAUUAGUUAACCAGGAGAACAGCAAAAUUUCGUACAAGUAGCAAUUUAUAAAUUUUCUACUUGAAAAUGCCAGACCACACAGUAGAGCAAUAAAUAGAACUAACGGCUAAUUUGUAUCCACUCAAACGCCGGAAAUUCCAUUUUUACGAUUUACUCUUUUUUGCCCUAUUUACGGCUAAAUUUUUAAAUUUUUACGGCUAUCGACUAAAUUUUUUGCCGUUUCACGCCUAUCGGUUAACCCCAUUGAGACCCUCUUGCAACUUAAGAAGGAGUUUCCUAUGGCAUAUGCUAUCAAAUGCCUAACUUAGAUCGAUCAAGACCAUAGCCGUUAUUUCCUUCUUGUCCAUCGUUUUGAAAAUGUGACCGGUAACAAGCAGACUCAGAGUUUCGGUUGAGUGAUAUUUGCGAUUCCCGCUCUCGUGGCAGGUGAGGUUGACUUGUUGAGUCAGAAAGUCAUUGAAUUUAUUCACACUGGUCACAGAAUUUAAUAUUGAGAAAUUUAACUAACAGUUCGGCGAUACAACCGGUAGCCUGCGUAGCAGGCGUCGAAAGUGGUAGGGGAUAGGGAGCCCUUGUGAUCUACAGUGCAGUACAGUGCCAUAAUAUAUGUUUUUACUCGACAGCUUUUGAAAUUCUUGGCUUGCUGUUCAGGGGAGGCCGAUUACUUGCCUUUACAGAGUCUAGAGAGGUGUUUUGAAGACGCUAAAGAGACUAUAAAGCAAAGCAAAUAUGUGGAUGUUCCUGAAAGAGACGGAGUAAAAGUAGUGACAAUACAUGAGAGGGAUCAUAAGGCACUGAGAAGCAUACUAAUCGAUCGAAAACCAGCGCUCAGCGGUAAGAGAGGAAAAGAGGCUAAUUAAUGUUGUUGAAAUAUAUUGCAUUGAUUUUUUAAUUACUUAAACCGAAAUCUUUCCCUUUUAAUAUCUAUGCAAAAAUAUAUUAUACGCGAGUAGCUCGUCAUGUUCAGCCCACUAUUAGCAGCCACUUAUCAAGCUGAAUUUUAUUCAGUCUAUUCAUGUUGGGCGCACAAAGCUAUUAACAGUAUGUCGACCUCUCCCAUUUGAGGGUGUGUGAAAGGAAAUUUGUACAAGACAAUUUCAAUUAUUUUAAUAAGUAAAGACGUCAACAAAAAAUCGACGUAUCAAUGCAUAAAACAUCGCCUGCUUAAGUUCUAGAACGUUCUAAAGUUCCGUUGAGCUUAGAAAACUGAAUCAGUACAACUGAGUCUUGACUACUAGUCUGCUGAGUCUGAUAGAGCUCUUGGUGGUGGAUCAGGUCUUCCUUCGUUACUUACAUAGUCCUGAAUAAGGUCUAGUUGCUUUCAUUCUUUCUCUUGCUUCGGUACUUCAUGGCUUUCUCCAGGUGCGUGAACAACGUUUGAAUUGGGCAAUUUCUUCUUUUAUAGCAUAUUUUUCGUGUUACGUGAAAGCAACUGCAAUGGAAGUUGUGAAAAACUCUAUGCAUAUCACAAUGCAAGUCAUAUUGCUGCUUUCUUUCUCCGUUUAAUCCUUCAAGGCGCCCUUCAUCAGUUCUACGAGCUUAACCCCGCAAGUGAUUAUUUUCUUAGGUGGUAGCUGGUCAUUUACAACGCACUGUUUUCCCCUAGCCUAUUUGUCAUGUACUAUUCAAACCAUUUGACCUCUAUAUCAAUGAAACCAAGACGCUGAUUUAUCCUUGUUUAGCAGGAUGCUGUGAUUAAUGGAGUCAAACGUCCGUUCAAUGUCUGGUAAUAUGUCGACACCAUUCAAUCUUACAUUAUCCUUAUUUUCUAGCCAGCAUUACAUAUUUAAAUGAGGGCCGUUACUGUCGAGUGAUCCGGGCACAUCAUGGAGUCUUUCCUGUCAGAUAGCAGGAGAUAACUAUAAACGGUGAAGGGAAACUUCUUUUUCAAAUACUUUGCUUACUAUUGGUAACACAGACAUUUUAACUUAUAGUUCUCACAUUGCAGUGUGUCUCCAGAUUUUAAAAUAGGUUAAUUAGACUUAAAGCCUUCAUACCUUAGGGUCUUAAUAAUUAAGGGACCGAGAUUGAAGAUGAAAGUCAGCGAGAGCGCAACCUCGCCAAUAGUUUAAGAAUUUUGAGAGAAAUUUUAUCCAAACUAAUUAAUUGGAUUAGAUACUUUUAGAUUUCUCAAGGUUGAUAUAAAAGUUAUUGGCAAGUUUGAACGGCACGCGCUAGGAUUCGUCAAUUUCAUUAGUUACUGAUAUAUUAUUACUUAAGUGCUCAUCAUCACGUUCUGCAGCAAGUUUUAUAUUAAACAGUCGUUUAAAACUUCAAAUCCGACACUACAUUUUCAUGAAACAAUAGCUUGUCCACAUUCAGUUAGUUACAAUUUUGCCCAAUAACAAAUCAAUAAACAUCCAAGUUGGUUCGUUGUCCCUCACGAUCUAGUCCACGGAGCAGCCAUUUUGUUCAUUGUUUUUAUUAGACCUAACCUGAGAUCAGGCCCAAUUUGAGCGGUUUUCAUAUAUUCUCUCUAACGGCUACCGCUGAAAUUGGGCCUGAUACAAACUAUUACAGGUUUGUGCUCGUUACGGCCAGAUUUUGGCCGUAACGCUGAUUGGCUGUUAGAACAAUAACACAAGAUCUGAUUGGCUGUCGGAAACGCCGGAAGUUGAAAGCGCUUAUUCCUCGCGUGGUUGUUUUCGUGAAUGAUCCGUCGUCGGUGGAGAAGAGGAUCGUUUUUGCUGUCUUUUUUAUUGCUUUAUGGUGUUAUGGAAGGAAAAUAUGCCUUAAUAUGUGCCAUGGAAAUUCAGAAAACUCAUGUGGUUGUUCAUAUCUUCUCACGAUUUGCUUUAUUUACGGAAAGUGAGUGUAUCGCGGAGUUGAAUCCCUCUGCAAGUUGUUGACCGCUAACAAGGUGCAUUUUGAUUGACCAACAAAAGGGUGCAAAUCAAAAUACUGUCCAUCUUAAAACUAGUUUCAUUUGAAAGUUUAGCCGGGAAUGACUUCUCUGAACGGGGUACGCAAGCGGAGACUGUGAAGUAUUAGAAGAAAAAUAUCGCAUCGCUGUUCAAGGAAUUUUCGGCGUUCACAGACUGGUUGUUUGACUACGCUUUUUGUUAAAAAUAAACCAAGAAAACUGGUGUCCUCGCUAGGGGUGACGAAUGGUAAAAUCCGAGCCUUGCCGAGACGCCGAGACCCUAGUUUAAAAAUCCGAGCCCGAGCCUUGAAUUUGUUUGUAAAAUCCGAGCUCGAGUCUUAGCGCUAAAAAAAUCCGAGCCCGAGACGCAGUGAUCCAAAAAUCCGAGCCCGAGAUGCACUUGAUCCGAAAAUACGAGAUACAGCGCUCUGAGCUUUUGUGGGCAUCACAACAAAUAUUUUUCCACUCAUCCCAAAACAUUGGUUUUGUAUUAAAACCAUUAACUUAUAGCUACUUAUCUAGUCUACUUAGUCUACCAGUCAGAGACAUAAAAUUAAACGUAUUAUAAAGUAACGCGUUACUGCUUAUAGUCUACUUAUUAACCUGGUUAGUUACUUUAUAAGCUAGUUAAACUAAUGAUUCGACAUUCUGCCUGGUUUAAAAUUCACACGCCUUCUGAUAGCUUCUGAUCUGUCGGCUUCUGGCACGCGUAAAUCUGCGGACGAUCGGCUUUCGACUAGCUACUACUGCAAAUGGCAGAGAGUGAAGAGGAAAUAGAAAGGGUUUUGAAGCAACGAAAGGAAUUAAACGCAAAUACGGUAAGUUAUAAGAUCGUCUUGCUUAGAGCUUAAAGUGCAUUACUAUUUGCUACUAUUAGCUACUAUUACCGCAAUAAUUUCAGUGUAGGUCUUUAAAUCAUUCGGGCCAAGAACAGUUCAAUUCUCAAACGAUUGUCGUUGGGUACCCAUGUACUAUCAUGACAUGAUUUCCUCUAUAAAGUAAGUGGAAAUUACUGUUUCCUAUAUCUUACAUAACAAUUGUAAAUGCAGAUUCCGGCAGGGGUAAAUUUCUUAAUUUCUCGUUUCGGAUAAGCUUGCGGAUAAAAAAUUGAACGUCCCAUUGGCGAGAUUUCGAGAUCCAAAUUUUCAAAAUCCGAGACUCCGAGAUCCAAAUUUUCAAAAUCCGAGACUCCGAGACCGUCAUAUUUCUGGGAAAUCCGAGAUUCCGAGACGCUUUUUUUAAGCGCCGAGAUUACGAGACUCGGCUUAAAUUUGCCGAGACUCAACAUUUUUGAAAGGCCAUUCGUCACCCCUCUCGCUCGUUGGAUGUUUGCUUUUGUUUUUAAAGAUUUAUGUACUGAAAAUCGGGGGAAAUUGCCGAGGAAAAUAUCAAGACAACGGAAAAAUAGAGAUUUCAGUAUUUUAAAUUCCAGAGCGCCUAGCCAAAAUAAUAAAACUAGUAGAACAUCGUGUCGCCAUCUUUUCGAAAACUUUUUACCUUCUACGCCAACAGAAGUAACCUUCGAGAUCUCCCUUAGGGUGCGUUUCUUUAAAAAAAUCCAAGAUUGGAUUCUUAAUCCGAGAUCAUGCGGAUUUGUUAUUUUUAAAGACACGAAAAAUCCGAAAAUGGAUUUUUUUUUUCAAUUAGCCGUAACGACCCCAGCAUGCAGUUCGCGUGUUUUGGGGGGAGUUUUCAAAAUGGCGGAAAGUUUUGGUUUGAUGUUUGAACUGUUCGAAGAAGUCCUUGCCGAUGACCUUGAACAACAACAGGUUCUUUUAGGAGCCGAUGACGAAGCAGUUUUAUUCCUUUUGGCGGCCGGACAGCUCGUCCGAAAAGAACACGCUCGCACAAAGAAUUUUUACGAAAUAACCGUACCUAGUUACAUACCGGAGGACUUCCGAAGUCACUUCCGCAUGUCACGGCAUACAGUUACAGUUCUCGAACAUUUGCUUUCGGUCCACGGCGACUUACCUCAAUACACCGGCGAUAGAGGAAGACCACCGGUCGAGUUAAGAAAGCAAAUCCUUAUUACGCUGUGGAUUCUUGGGAAUCCAGAAUGUUUACGCUCUGUUGCCGAUCGAUUUGAUGUUUGCAGGGCAACUGCGUACAGAGUCUACAGACGAGUUUGCAAAGCAAUAGUGAGGAACUUAAUGGAUGAGUUUAUCAAGUUUCCAACUGGUCUAAAAGCCCAAGCGGUGAUGGAGGCCUUUGAAGAGAAAAAGGGUUUUCCGGGUGUUUUGGGGGCUAUUGAUGGCACCCACAUACCAAUCAAAGCACCACAUAACAAUCAUGAACAAUACAUAAAUCGCAAAGGUUUCUUUUCCGUCCAACUACAAGUCAUUUGUGACCCGGAUUUAUUCAUAACCGAUGUUUUCUGUGGUUACCCUGGUUCAGUACACGAUGCUCGCGUGUUUCGUAAUUCUCCGAUCUGCCGAGAAGUUGAAGUGAACCCAGACAAUUAUUUUCCUGGCAACUCCCACAUUUUGGGAGACGCAGCAUAUCCCUUGAAGAGGUGGCUUUUGACCCCAUUUCGAGACAACGGACGUUUGACUGCUCAACAAAGACGUUACAAUAUGCCCACAGUUCCACCAGAAUGGUGGUUGAGAGGUCCAUAGGGCUUUUUAAGAACAGGUUUAGGAAGCUAAAAACAAUGAUGGAUGUUGACAAAAUUGAGGACAUACCGGAAAUUAUUGUAUCCUCUUGCAUCUUACACAACAUUUGCAUUAUUGAAGAUGACAUCGAUGAUUUUUUAGAUGACUCUAAUGAUGAUGAUGACAAUGAUGACAAUGAUGAUGACAUCUUUCCACCAGGUGUAGGAGCAGUUGAUAAGAGAAACAUGAUAAUGAGACUGAUCCCAUAAACCUAGCAUUUAUAAGUGGUUUAUGUAUUGAUACCUUUUGUACUGUGGUGUUUUCAUGAACACUUCUUUCAUAGGUGGUGUAUGUCAUUCAUAAAGUUUAUACUGUAUAAUAGUCUUUUUGCUAUAAAUAUCAAUAUUUUAUUUGUUUUUAAAAGUAUAUAAGAAAAUAGUAGAGCCAUGUACAUGGAUCACUUUAUACUACCUGAAACAUUUAUGGUGUUGCUUGAAAUGUAAACUUUCAACACAAAUGUAACAGCCUAAUACUCUGACAGUCCAGGUUGCUUGUGUCACGCACAGAAAGGAGGAAGUGCGUGACACAAGUGAUCUGAAGCAUCUGAGAAUCAGGCUAAAAAAAGUAAAGGAUAUAAAUAAUAUCAAAACCAGUUUAGUUAGGCCCUCUCACCUAAUGUUGCUGUUGUAGUUCCUUGUAUGUAUGUAUGUGAAAAAAAACAUACAACUUGCAAUAAUACUGUUAACAUGUAUGAUAUAAUAAACUUUUAGAUAACUCAAUACUGACAACAAACUCAGGUUUACUGUAUCUAUGUUCAUGUUUGUGGUCAAAUAAUCCCAUGUUCUGCAACACAAUAAAAAUUAUGGAAUCAAGGUUACUCUUUGUUCAAUGAUUUUUCAAAAACAUUCAAAAAAUCGGCCCAUGAGUGCCAUGCGUUCAUUGUGCAUAUUUUCAAACUUUUUAAUCUUUUCCUUUUCUUCCUCUUUCCUGUCUUGUGUAAAUUCCUUAAAGAGCCCAACGAGGUCUUCUCUUUUCUUCCGCUCUGGUAACUUCUUUUUCUUUGCUUUUGUAACCACAGGCUCCUCUGUGUCACUACCUGUGGAACUCAAUGUGGAACUGGAAUUUUUAACACUCUUGACUGCAUCUUUGCUCCGUUUACCAUCAAUGUUGCUGCACAAUGUUUUUGGAGCGAUGGCAUCAUCUUUCGAAAAUAUUUCGUGAAGUUCGUCAUAGAAGUUGCAUUUCUUUCGGUCAUUUCCGCUGACUUUGUUGUGAUCAACACAAGCAACAUAACUUCUCUUCAGAUUUUUCAAUUUCGUCUCACACGCCUUGGCAUUAAAGAACACUCCGUUCUUCUUUAAUUCUUCGCUGAUUUCUUCCCACAGGAACUUGUUCUUUUUGUUUAUAUCUUUAAAUCGUUCUCUGCGUUCGACAUAGCAGGAAAUUAACAACAGCACAUCAGCUCUAGACCAGCGUACAAGAGCUCUCGAUUCGCCUUCGGUGCCUUCACUCGACUGACUGAACGUGGCUGCAGCUGUUUCCAAAGAAGAAAAACUUGGACCAGGCUGAGGUGAUACUGAUCUGACUGUUUCAUGGCUGAACUGUGAUGCCUGCGGUGGUGGAAACAUGAACUGAGGAAGAUAAGGUUGAAUGCCCGGUUGAACGUGGCUUUCGUUCCACUGAUAUUCUGGAUAUUCACCUGCAGAUAAACUGUGCGUCCAAUAUUGUCCUGUAGAUAGAAAUAAAAGAUGCCAAGACGCAUCAAACAUCCGGAAAAUUUAUAAAAAUACGUACAGGACGGAAAAUUUCGGUGAAACUACACAAAAAACUCACCUUGUUUAUUCGCCAUGGCCGGCAGCAGCUAAUAUUUACAACAAAAUGGCGGGAAUGUGGCGGAUUUUAAGAAGACGACCGCUUGCCAAACGUACUGCUUUUUGUAUCCGUGCAAUAAAGAAACGCACGGAUCAUGAAUCCUAAAAAUCCGGAUUUAGAUUUGAUCUAAUGAAUCCACUCGGAGUGUGGAUUCUAUAGAUUCAAUAUCCAUUUUCGGAUUUUAUUAAAGAAACGCAAAAUCCGUUUUUGGAUUCAAGAAUCCGGAUUUGGAUUUUUUUAAAGAAACGCACCCUAAUCUCGCAAGAAGUUAGAUGUGAUUGUGCUGACUGUUUUAUUUUUAGCGGAAAACAUUAACAGAUAAAAGCUAUUUUUUAAGUCAGCCAGUCUGCAUUUUUCCCACGCGUGAAAAAUUUGCAUACUAGAAAAACAAGCAACGGAAGUAAUUCUGAUUGGCUGAUUCGGCAAAUGUCAAUCAAUCAAAAAAGUGGGCGGCAGACAUUUCGUUAAAGGUUUGUAUCAGGCUCUCUUUUCGUUUCGUCUUGCCCGCCGGAAUGUAAUUUUCAAAGCGAAACGAAUAUAGAGCCUGAUCUCUGGUUAUAUUAGACCUUUCUUUCUUUGCUGCUUCAAUUUGAAAUUUCGGGGUCUCUAAUGUCAUGUAAUCUGUUUACCCUAACUGAAUCAGAGGUGAGCUCUAAUCUCUCUAAUCUUCCAUAUUGUAUGCUUGCCGAUUAAUGCCAUCUUUCAGUCCCAUGUUCCAAAAGCUGCUGGACAGUGUACUGGCUUCCCUGUGUAGGCGUGGCGAUUGUAAAAUUUUGUUACGUUUUGCGACAUCAUGGUCUGCGAAGCUAUACUGAUUUGGCUGUAUGAAGUGUUGAGCAGUACCUCUGCUGCCAUUUGAUACAUCUUGUCAAUAACAGCGGGCAUUCAAAUUUCUGGUCUCCAGCUUGGCGGUAGUUUGGUCGAAUUCAUUUUGCUGCCGGCCUGAAGUUUUGAGUGGGGCUUCGUCGAGAGAUUCGAUCAGUCCCUUCAAUGUGAAGUGCAUCGACAUCGUUUGAGACCUGGAAACACCUAAAACAAGGGAGUAUCUAGGGUUUCCUCUUUUUUUCAUAGACGUUCGAUUUCGUUGGGAUCUGUGUCUGCGAAUGAAUGCCGGUGAGCAUUCUCAUGUCCUUCGAUCCGUGCAUCAGAUUAGUGAUAAGCUGCUUGUGUUUCCGAACCUGCUGAGGAUUUUUUUCCUGGUCCUGUAUCUUCCUUGUAGUCUUAUAUAUAUUUCCUGAUCGCCAGAUAUGAUGUAUUUUUGAGGGGCUGAAUGGUCAAUGGUCGAUCACCGAAGAACUAAUUUACCUGAUUGUCAUGUGCCCUCUUGUCCCUAAUUGAGCAUAACUAUAUAUGUUGUGAUUUUAUGCUGUGUUUCAAAAUUUCAGAGGAAAACUGGUCUGGCUUAUUUUGGCAGCUCGUGAACCAGUGGAUUCCAAGUGGAGACAAGACAAUCAAGAUUAUCCCACCGACAUUGACAUCAAGUGAUGUCCUUCAUGCAAUUAAAUGCCUAAGCAGCAAUUUUAAAGAUGCCCUGCAACAGAGCAGAGAUCAGGACUUCAUUAUGUUACCCAAAAUAUUACCACAUUUAAAAGAGGCAGUGGAGGUAACUAACAAACUCAUCAUUUACUCUUAAUAAAUCUUUUCAAGGCCUUCCACAGAUUGCCACAAUUACUUCUGAAUAAAUUAUUGUCUUAAAACUAAGGCAUGGAGGGCAGAAACGAGUAAAAACUGCCCUGGUGGCAACUUCUAACAAUUCAAGAAGCGUAACCCAACGGAAUGUUAUUUUAAUCUUGUGCAGUGGAACCCUGUUAGUACGGUCACCAGCGGGUCAAAAAAAUUUGGCCGUAUUAACGGGGUGGCCGUAUUGCCUGGGCAGGGUCAAAUUUCAUGAAUUAAGGGCUGUUAUGACAAAUACAGGUAGGACUUUUCCACGGGUGGCGUUUGACAGGUGACGAGUGGCGGGUUGCGGGUGGCGGGUUGCGGGUGGCGGGUGGCGGGUGACGGGUUACCGGAAGCGGGUGGCCGGAAUAUAUUUGUAAAGUAUUUUGAGACAAGGAAUGUUUAGUCCAGGCCAGACAAUUAAGAUCGCAUUCGCUUCUUGAAAAAAGAAUUGCGUUUGUCCUUUUUUUAACUCGUGGGGACGCGCGAGCGUACCACGAGUUAUUGCAGGGACAGAGAUAUGCAAAUAAGUCACUCGCUCACUCGUAGUGGACGGACUUCGUAAUUGAUCGGGUCCGAACUCGAGAGUGCGAAGAUCUAUCGCUUCCGAAGAAGCACGCGCUCUUGAAGUUCGGUGGGAUCAAAUUCUUCGCUGAGAGCGUGCAUCGUUCGGCGUUCGCUGCUCAGACUCAGAGUUUUCUUUAUGGCAAAUUUUCUACAGCACGGUUAGAGGUCUUACCAAAUUUAAGACACGUAGGAGUCUUUCAAAUGAGUACGAUGGUUAACUUGGGGAUUGGAUUUCAAGAGCCUUUGACUCGUCCAGGCGUUAAACUUGACGAGAAAAUGAGCAAUUACUCUUCUGACUCCGAAAGAUCACGGGGGAUAUACAAAUUCCAGCUUACUGGAAAGUGAUCUGAACGUAAGAAAAUGUCAUGCCAUGCUAUUCUUAAGAACCUGUAUGGGCCGAAAAUGGAUGUGAUUUUGACCAUUAGCUUCAAAAUAACAGCAGAAAUCGAGAUAAGAAAACAUAUGUUUUGCCUCCUACUUCGCUGACGAGGUGUAUCGGCUUUGUAAAGCACAUGUUAUUUUGUUCAUUCGUUGCCAUGAAAUGCGUUGACAUUGUUUUUUCACUGUCAAUAGCUCGGUUAAUGCGGCUCGAUCAUACUGAACGAAUUUGCUGGCGGAAGUUCCAUGGAUAACGCAUUAAGUUAAAGAGUUUUCGCCGAAAUGAUGUUAUCAGUCUUCGUGGUGUAGUGGUAAAGUAAAGUCGCAAACAGCCGAAGGUUCCCGAGUUCAAGUCCUGCUUUGCAUCGUUCUUUUUUCAUCUUCUUUCUUUCUUUUUUUCUCGUUUUUGGCUUGUUUCGUUUGCUUAUUUGUUUUGUUGUUUUUCUAUAAAUAUGUACCUAAAUAACUGUCAUUUAAUAAAAUGCAAUAAACAAAAAGAAAAGUAUUGUGUUUGCAGAGCAAAGAUAGUAUGAUGCAGACAAUUUAUUAGAAACAUGAAUAUUUCAUUUGAUAAACUGGAAAUGAUUCUUGCCUGUUAUAUUUUAGAUACUCGUUUUUCAAGCAAUUGAAUAGAACGUUUCUUUUCUAGGGGAAAAAAUGGUUCCUCGAAAAACGUGGCUAUCGGAAAAUUUUCUCCCAUCUCGAAAUCUCGGAAGCGUUAUUGAUGGGUCUCGAAGUCUCGUUUCCGGGUGAUUUUUCCGUCUUGGAGUCUCAAUUUUUUUGCCGACGUGUCUCGGAGUCUCGGAUUUGUCGUUUUUUCUUUAAUCCGUUUGGUCUUCACAGGAGCUCAUGAAAUGGAGCCUCCAUCUCCCAUACAAGCCCUUGGAGUCAACCCUUUCCCGAGUAGAUUUAUAAUUAGAACGGUUCCCAGGGGAGACUUCGCACGCCGACGGUGGGAAGAGCCAAUCACAACGACGAAAUGACUCUGCUAUUGUACUUCAUCAAACAGCAGGAAAUUUGGUGUUGACAGGCCAAACACAAUCAUAAGCUAGUGAAACGUGACUUAAGCGUUUUCAUCCCUCAGAGAUUUUCUUUCUUUUCUUUCUGGUGGGUAGAUUAUAGUGUGGAGAGUUUUACACUCUGACUAUGUUAAUCUUAAUUUUGGUUGCUUGUCUCACAAUUAGAGGCCAUGAAGCUGGUCUGUUACAUGCAUAAUGAUUAACUACUACCUGCAGUCUAUAGUUCUGACAGGAUUAGUUUUCUUUAGCCAAUUUUUUUGAGCGUUAAGGUUCUUAUUUCCGCUAAAUGACUCAAUAUUAAUCAAAUUUCUAGUUUUUCAAGGCAUUUUUUUUCCGAAAUGCGUUUAUCUGAAUAAAUAUACUUGUAGCCCUUGGGGUUGUUUUGUCCGUCAGCUAGUGUGAUGAUAUUCCCCGCUAUGUUUUGUAACGCCGGGCCUAGCUAGCCAUUGUUUUCUCGUAAAAAAGUGAUCCACAGAUGCGAAUUCGGAGGAAAGAAUUUAAGCCUAAACUUCUGCAUUAACUGCUGAGAAUUGUCCUGUUAGUCAGUCAUAAUUCUUUUGCGCAGAUACAAUCUAUUUUGUUGAGCUAUUUUAAAAAAAUAGCUCAUAUGUCAGUGGUUUGAGCGUAUGUAUCUUUGUGGCUUUGUAUCUUUGUAUGUUAAGAUGUUUGUUGCAAGAGCAAAUAAGGUUGAAGGUACUAUGAUUUUGAUGCUUAGGAACCUAAGCAUCUAUUUAAACAUGGCAUUGGUAAAGGUCGAACAAGGGCACUUUGAGACCGCUAUCUUGAUCCUUCACAAUUUUUUCGUCUUUUAUUACGGGUACAAGUGUUUGGAAGCAUUACAUAAAAUAUCUUCAUGAUUCAAACGCUGUGAACAGUGAUGCAGUUGUUUAAGGGUUCAUAUUUUAGUGUGGAUGCUGCUUCAAGACACUUGUGACCGAUUCGGCUAUCGUGAACGGUACAACGCACGUAUUUAUGAGUUGUGUUUCACCCGCUUCAAGGUAGAGUAUAAAAGAUCAUAUAUUUUCAAAUCUCUUCCAGUGAAGCAAUAAUUGAUAAUUAGAUAUCGACUUUAAUUUGAAAGUAUGCGGCCUAUAAAAUGUGGUUUUACAGGUUUGAAAGGCAGCUCAUUUUUUUUAAAGCUGUACCGAGUAUUGUUAAUUCUGUUAACAAGCUUUAAAAAUAUUAUUCUCUCGCUUACAAAGUUCAACAGACCUUUUUUUUUUCGUUCCGGCAAAACAAUAGCUUGCGCGCAGACGAAAUUAAACUCUGGUUAACUAAUCAGAGUUAAGUUAUCGUCUGCAUGCAGGCUAGCAAAACAAAAAAAUAAUAAUAAGUGAACAACAUGAUCCUUCCUGCAUACUAGGCAUUAUAGUUAUUGAAACGUAUUUUAUUUAGUAAAGAUGAGUAACUUAAGUAGAAACAGUAGCGUUAAGGAAUACAAUUGGAAGAAGCUAGUUGACACAAUAAUUAGAUACUGUUUUAUUGGAUGGAGUAACAUGAUAUGAGCAGAAAUAUAUUUCGGCAGUUUGAUAAUUUUCUUGGAAGUUAAUAAAUGUUAGGCUAUCAACCUUGACAUGGCAUGAAACAUAAUUUAAUUGCAGAUGUUGUAAUGAAGCCGAGGUGAUUUCUUAAAAUCGUUGAGAAAAUUUUGUAGCAAACAAUUUGCGUUUUUUUACGUACGAAUUGUAAAAGGGCCAAAGACCAACAUUUUCACGUGCAAAUUGUCUGCAUGAGUUAUUCUUAUAAUUCUGUUUACUAGAUUACCGUGUGAUAACUCGAAUUCCCUCACGUACGAACAAAGAAAGGGGGCAAAGUCCAACACUUUCUCGUGCCAGUUGUGUGACUGUACAUCUCAUGCGGAUUGGCUUUUCACAAUAAUAAUAGUAACUUGAACGUAUGAAGACCUGUUUCGUUUUGUGACCAAUGCCUUAAAAAAGGCUCUUGUCUUUUAAGAAGCAAUAGCUUUUAAAACAUGAAGAAAUAAGUUGUUGGAGUUAAGGACUGUUUCACUGAGUAGCAUCGCACGUGAAAACCUCGUGAGUUGUGAUAAUGCAACCAUCUACCACAAUGAUCCUGGUAUUUCUUAACUACUCGAAUUCGAUGAGUCACAUUUUGGCUUAAGAAACUCCGAGGAAACCUUAGAGUUUUCCUUCUCAUCAACGUUUGGUGAUUAGGUAUUUAUUUUACUUUAAUAAUCUGUUUAACUUGCACCAAAUCUAACAGGGAAAGGCAGGGGAAAGUGAAUAUAUAACAUGAGGAUCGACGCAUCUGAGCGUUUCGCGUUUUCAUUUAUAUACGGCAAUACCCAAUUUCGCACAAAACCCAGUCUACAUGUAGGACGAAAAAGGUAGAUUCAUCACUCUUGGUAAGGUUACAUUACACUGAAGCAUUCAAAAUAGCUCAUGCACGUUUAACGUGCCUAUGUUUUCUUGAGAUAAGUGGGUCUUUGGACUGGAGCGCGAUGUCACAAAUUCCUCCGUUAGCAAAUUAUUCACGGUCGAGCAACUGUUGUCUUCUGUUCAACUUUUCAAGUGCCAGUUUCAUCAGGCAACUCUCAUGGUGAUACAAGUCAGUUGUAAAGGAAGACUGCAAUUUCUCAAAUUUCGGAACUGAAGCAUUCCUGGUUAGUUGCUACUUAGGUCAUCGCUUUUUGCAUGCGGUGCUUAUAAUAACUGGCAAAAUCCAUUCCACGGGGAUGACAAUCAAAGAAAGCCUAUCGUCAACUCGUGGGAACAUUGUUUAGAAAAUGAUCAAAUGGUUAUCAACUCUGGUUUUCCCACAGUAAAUUGUAGGAAAUGAUAGAAAUUCAGAUUGUUUAUCCAUGUACAAUAUAUUUAAUACUAUCUUUGCUCUGCAAACACAAUACUUUUCUUUUUGUUUAUUGCAUUUUAUUAAAUAACGGUUAUUUAGUUACAUAUUUAAAGAAAAACAAGAAAACAAAUAAGCAAACAAAACAAACCAAAAACGGGAAAAAAAAGAAAGAAAGAAGAUAAGAAAAAGAACGGUACAAAGCAGGACUUGCACCCGGGAACCUUCGGCUGUAUGCGACUUUACUAUACCACUACAUCACGAAGACUGAUUACAUCAGUUUGGCGAAAACUCUUUAACUUAAUGCGUUAUUCAUGGCACUUCCACCAGCAAAUUCGUUCAGUAUGAUCGGGCUGCAUUAACCGAGCUAUUGACAGUGAAAAAACAAUGUCAACGCAUUUCAUGGCAACGAAUGAACAAAAUAACAUGUGCUUUACAAAGCCGAUACACAUCGUCAGCGAAGUAGGAGGCAAAACAUAUGUUUUCUUAUCUCGAUUUCUGCUGUUGUUUUGAAGCUAAUGGUCAAAAUCACAUCCGUUUUCGGCCCAUACAGGUUCUUAAGAAUAGCAUGGCAUGACAUUUUCUUACUUUCAGAUCACUUUCCAGUAAGCUGGAAUUUGUAUAUCCCCUGUGAUCUUUCGGAGUCAGAAGAGUAAUUGCUCAUUUUCUCGUCAAGUUUAACGCCUGGACGAGUCAAAGGCUCUUGAAAUCCAAUCCCCAAGUUAACCAUCGUACUCAUUUGAAAGACUCCUACGUGUCUUAAAUUUGGUAAAACCUCUAACCGUGCUGUAGAAAAUUUGAAAAUUUGAAAACUCUGAGUCUGAGCAGCGAACGCUGAACGAUGCACGCUCUCAGCGAAGAAUUUGAUCCCACCGAACUUCAAGAGCGCGUGCUUUUUCGGAAGCGAUAGAUCUUCGCACUCUCGAGUUCGGACCCGAUUAAUUACGAAGUCCGUCUACUACGAGUGAGCGAGUGACUCAUUUGCAUAUCUCUGUCCCUGCAAUAACUCGUGGUACGCUCGCGCGUCCCCACGAGUUAAAAAUCAAAUGAUCCUGGCACUUAUUCGGCGCUGAUCAUCGAAAAGUUCCAAAUCCUCCUCAGAACGCUUAAUCAUCGACUCUUUUCAAGGUCCAUGCUUAAAUGUGGGAUGUAAAGCGGCAAAAAAACCACACACACACUCGCAAAGAUAACCUGUCCGUGAUCGUCAGUUCGCUGCCUUUAUCCCAUCGCUUCAUGCUCAGUCUCAGUUGGGUAAUUCAUUAACUUUUAUUUCAUGAUAUCCAGGUCCCAGCGGCUGUAAAAUUGUAAAAAUGGACGUAUAGGAAAAAAGGAAAACGGUCGAAGGACGGGCUUCUGUGUUCGACUUCAUCCAACUUUCUUUUUUUUUCACGGCGACAUACGAGACUCACGGAAAUAUGACACUUUUCGCGGGAAACAAGCCGUUCUAUUUAUAAAUCUACUCGGGAAAGGGUUGACUCAAGAAAUUAAUGAAGCUGGUCUGUUACAUGCAUAAUGAUUAACCACUACCUGCAGUCUGUAGUUCUGACAGGAUUCGUUUUCUUUAGCCAAUUUUUUUGAGCGUUACGGUUCUUAUUUCGGCUAAAUGACUCAAUAUUAAUCAAAUUUCUAGUUUUUCAAGGUUUUUUUUUUCCGAAAUCCGUUUAUCUGAAUAAAUACUUGUAGUCCUUGUGGCCUGUAAGACAAGCAACGAAAAUUAAGAUUAACAUAUAGUCAGAAUUUAAAACUCUCCACAGUAUAAUCUACCCGCUAGAAAGAAAAAAAAAAAGAAAAUCUCUGAGGGAUGAAAACGCUCAAGUCACGUUUCACUAGCUUAUGAUUGUGUUUGGCCUGUCAACAACGAAUUUCCUGCUGUUUGAUGAAGUACAAUAGCAGUGUCAUUUCGUCGUUGUGAUUGGCUCUUCCCACCGUUGGCGCGCGAAGUCUCCCCUGGGAAACGUUCUAAUUAUAAAUCUACUCGGGAAAGGGUUGACUCCAAGGGCUUGUAUGGGAGACGGAGGCUCCAUUUGAUGGGCUCCUGUGAGGACCAAACGGAUUAAAGAAAAAACGACAAAUCCGAGACUCCUGAGACACGUCGGCAAAAAAAUUGAGACUCCAAGACGGAAAAAUCACCCGGAAACGAGACUUCGAGACCCAUCAAUAACGCUUCCGAGAUUUCGAGAUGGGAGAAAAUUUUCCGAUAGCCACGUUUUUCGAGGAACCAUUUUUUCCCCUAGAAAAGAAACGUUCUAUUCAAUUGCUUGAAAAACGAGUAUCUAAAAUAUAACAGGCAAGAAUCAUUUCCAGUUUAUCAAAUGAAAUAUUCAUGUUUCUAAUAAACUGUCUGCAUCAGCUACGCAUACUACGCGGACUGUUUUUCCCAAGACUUUAUUUUCGCAAAUAUGGAAAGUAUAAAACUGAGAAAUCAAGCCAAACGGUGUAGCCUGCGAAAACAAGCGUCUUUCCUAGCCUGGGGAUUAUAGCUGUAGGGGGAGGGAGAUUAGGGUUAGAUGAAAGAUGGCAGCCGUAACGCAAGCGCUCGAUCUCGACGAUCUUACGGGAAAAUAGAGGACUGUGAAAAGUCUAGUCUGGUAGGGGGUGACUCGUAAAAGAAAGGGUUAAGAAGUAGGGAGUGAUCAUUAAAAAAGAGAAGAAACAUGCUAAAAUGUUCUAUUCUAGUUUGACAAUUGACACGGGAUAAUAUGACUGGUAUUAGAUAAAGACGGCGUGUUUUUCAUGUUUGAGUUAUAUAUGGUAUUUUUUCCAUGGGUAAAGCAAAUAACAUGUUAUCCCUAACUUCAUUGUUUAUAAAAAAAAAGGACAAACGCAAUUCUUUUUUCAAGAAGCGAGUGCAAUCUUAAUUGUCUGGCCUGGACUAAACAUUCCUUGUCUCAAAAUACUUUACAAAUUAGACAUUCAGGUUUAUUUAACAAUUAUUCCUCAAGCCCGAAUGGGCUCUGUGUCAAAUCGGCCUUAUGGGCUAUUGACUCAGAGGCCAUGAGGAAUGAUUAGAGGAAUAAUUAUUUUAGUAAAAUCCAACUAGUUGGUCAAAACUAUCGAGACAAAGCAACUUUAGCUGAGCAAAACACGAUACAGCCGCCAUUGUUUUGGUUUUCAAAGCCCGCGCUGUUCUUUACUAGUAGGCUAUGAGAUAUAGCCUACUAUAGUAGUAGCUAAACCAAUCAGAACGCAGCAUUGAUAAUAGACCACUAGUUAGAUUUUACUAAAUAUAUAUUUUCAGGUCACCCGCAUGAAUGACCGUUUUGCCCGGCCGAAAAACCGUAUUAGCCGUAAGCAAGCAAGGUGGCCGUAUGGCGGGGUUCUACAGUAGCUCAAGCUGAUAUAAAAAGUUAUGCAUUUCUUUAGUUAUAGUCUACGAUUCUUUAUUUUACAACUUAAUUAAACAGCUGAGCCAUAAACUGAUACCAGAAAGUGAACUCGAGAAAAAUCAACUGGUCUUGGCUGAUGGACACGCAUGCCUAGGAGAAAUGUUGCUGUUUGUUGGUAAAUCUGAGGAAGCGAGAAAAAAUCUGGAGAUUGCCUUACGUGGUUUCAAGGAUUAUUGCGGCCCGGAAAAUGUGCUACUUGACAAAGCAAAUGUGCUUCACUUUCUUGGAGAGGCAUACAGAAACAGGUAUAGUAGUUUGGUCAAAAUACUGUGAUUUUUAGUCCGCAGCCACCUUAAGGUGUUUAAUAAGCUAUUGUGAUGUGACACUGUUCUGAAGUAGUGAAUGUUUUUCCACAGAUUCAUGGCUUCCAAACAGUUGGGUUUUUAGGCACAGAGUUCUUGGCCUUGCCUUAAUAGAUUAUAAAGCGUAAAAGACAUUAACAAAAAUAGGGUUAGAGAAUUAUUAAAAGCCCUAAAAAAUGUGAUAAGGAGCAGAACCUGUUUUUCAUGAAAUUAGACUUAAGUAUUUGGCAUAAAUUCAAUUUAAUUCUCAUGUUAGUUUGAACUUGUUCUUUAAAGCAAUCUUGGGGACCCUUCAAAAGGGGAGCAGUAUCUUAAAAGAGCACUGAAAGGAAAAGAACAGUAUUACAAGGGAAAAGCUGACCAUCAAGUCGCUUUCACCUUAAGAAGUCUUGCAAAUGUCUUGAACGAAAUGGGGAAGCACAACGAGGCUAUGUGAGUGUCAUAAUUGUUUGUGUCGUAUUAUUCACCUAUUAAGAGUUCGAUAUUGAGUCCAUCCUCAAAAUAGAAGUUGAUUUUUAUUGAUGAACUGCAAAAAACAGGGGCACCCAACGACAAUUUUCGGAAAAAUAUCUGUUCGGAAGACGAUUUGAGAUCUAGAAUUUUCGGAACAUUUGUUGUAAAAUUUCUUGCUUGCCUGCCUCUCCUAGGAUUUUCGAACAUCUAAAAAAUGGUAUAAUUGUCAUGCAUAUUUUUAACGGAUUUUUACCCUAAAAAGGUUACCUAGAAUUUUCGGGAGCCUUUUUUCUGGCUGAAAUUUUAGAAAAGGUAAGUUUUGAUCCCUAUAAUUUUCGGAUCACUAGACUUUCAGCUAGGAAAUCCGAACAGAUGAAAAAUUUUUAGGGGAUAAAAAUGUGCCUUUAUCUACCGUUUAAAUACUAAAAUACUUUUAAGAAUGCUAUGUUUAAGUGCUUUUGAACUAUAUUCUCGUUGGGUGCCCCUGAGAAAAUUAACAUUAUUGCUACAAAAAUGAACUUGAUAAAAGCAUAAAAUCUCUUUUGUAUAGUGACUUCGCAAAGAGAGCCGUUGAUAUCCAUUUUCAAGGCGGCUACAAGUUCAGGCAAGAAUAUGGCUACAGCCUGAGUACACUGGGAUCGUCGUAUCGUUACCUGGGUCAGUAUGUUCAGGCGGAAAGACGCCUAAAAGAAGCUCUCGAGAUUUUCAGAUCGGUUGAUGCGCCAAGCAAGCUAAGGGUAAUAGUUUUUACAUUGUUUUAUUCAUUUCUUUAACAUCCACGGACACAUUCAGAUCACUGACAGACCCCUAAAAUGUUACUCUAGCCAGACAUUGAUUAUCAGGAGAUAGAAGAGUGAAAUUAUAUUUCUAAUCCUGAUAUUUUUCAACUUUUUCAAAUUCCUUUUCAUGUCAUCCGUACUAUUCGGCAAGUUAUAAUGAGAAUUAUUCAUAUUAUUAUAAACUAUUAUCUUUAUCAUCAUUAUUUUGUAUUGUUAUUAUUAUUAUUAUUAUUAUUAUUAUUAUUAUUAUUAUUAUUAUUAUUUCAAGCCUACCAGUAAAGCUUUUAAUUUUAUGUUGUAGUGGCCCAUAGACCUUCUACUCGGUUGGUAAUUUUACUGAGGCUUUCUUUAAGAUCGUACGAAAUCUUGUUCGAUCUCUUGAUGGUGAAUCAAAAAAAAUUAUUAUUUAAGGCGACCUCAGAGAUGUUUGGUUUCAGCCGUUUUUCAUCCUCUUCAUAUUUUACUUGAAAUGCUAGAAUUACAAUACUAGGGUAGUUGUAUGCUCAGAUAUAUUAACCCAGAGGUAUUGUUUACAGAUGGGUGAAACUCUUAGUCGUUUAUCUUCAGUUCAAAGAAACUUGGAGAAACUUGACGAGAGUAUCGAGUCGUUGAUGGAAGCAAAAGAAAUGUUUGGAAACAACGAUAUUUACAGCGCUAUUAUACUGUCAAAGCUGAGUGUCGUUUACCGCCAUAAAGGAGAUUCAAAAAACAGUUUGGAAAAUGCAGAGAAGGCCGCUGAAAUCACAGAUAAACACCAUGGCUUGAAAAGUCACCCUGGUAAGUGCUCGCCUGUUCUGAUUUAUACUUAACCCACCCAGCCAUCUUCAUAGGCGAUUCGGGACUAACGAGAGAAGAGGAGAGAACAACGGUAAACAAACUUACGCUAACUUUCGUCGUCUCGACGUCCUUUGCGCAUAGUAAGAAAGAGGUCUGGGUAAGAACCACAUACCUGCCAGUUCUGAUUGAUAUUUAUCUUAUGUCUUUGUGAUGAUCAGCGGAUGAUAUUCUUGUACGCAUGCGUGCAUAUUUGAACUAGAUCCCUUGAGAAUCGGUCAUGCUGAAGAACCAUAGAAGUUGUUUAUUAAAGUUUGUUAAUCUUGCUCCAUUAUGGUCUCUAGUGAAGGUUUUUACAGUCUUCAAUGUAUGGAACUUAAGACGUUUAGCGAGAAUGGCUUGGAAUCGAAGGCCAAGGCCGGGUAGACGAUUUGUCGGCCUAUUCUGGGACAGAUUAGACACAUCUUGAGCAGAACAAGUUGCUCGAUUUUAGACCGAGAUUUAUCGUCUUCCUUUGGAUGGAAUGGAUCGGCCAGAUCAAUCGUAUUCUGAAUAUCGCCCUUGGCUUAAUACAGGUUGGAUAUUGCCCAAUGCAUUAAGGCUUUCCAUGUCUCUGAAUUGUUGCUAAAAUCUCGCCAUUCGAUAACCCCUGAAAUAAGGCAUUAGCUUAGGUGAACGCAAACGUUCUGUUUUCUCUGACCUUCUCCUCUUGCGGUUUCUAAUUAGAGAGCUUCCUGGUAAGCUUAUAAGGCGUGUAAGAUGGUUCCACUGCUUUAUCUCCUGUUUCUUGUGAAAAGUUAUAGCCACCGCACUGUUGAACCUUGGCAACGCACAAAGCGAUACGGGGAGUGUGGAGGAUGCAGAAAGAAAUCUAAUCAGGGCACUGGAGAUUUACAAAGAAAUUCAUGGGGAAAAUCAUGGAAUUAUUGCCGCCAACCUAAACUACCUAGGAUGUGCCUAUCUGCAAAAAGGGCAGGUGUGGAAAGCAAAAGAAACUCUGGAAAAUGCGGUAAAAAUAAUGGACAACUAUUCUCCUUCACAUCAAGGUAAUUUGCCUAUGUUGAGAAUAAUGUAUAUGCGUAGUGUCAUGAGCGUACAUUUCUUAAGGCUACUGUUCACACUUUACCUGAUAGCUUUUGCGCGGGCAUGAAAGCCUUCCUGGACAGGGUUUCUGUUAACGAUGAUUUCCGCGCGAUUUCUGUAACUGAGCGAAAACUCGCCGCGCUAAUCUCUAAAGUGGAGAGUCACAUAUCGGGUAGGUGUUCAAAGUAUACCGGAUAGCAGUAAGGAUACACAGUGCAUAACUAAUAAUCUUUAUAAGGAAGGAAGCUAAUUCGCGCUGUUGCGCACUUCGUUGCAAUUUUUCCAUCUCGUUGUAUUCAGCAAUAAGGUUAGCCAAUUUUUCUGGGGUUAAAUCCUCAACAACUGUAUCUAUAGUAAUUUCACAGAAAAAAUAGUAAAAUUCGUUUUCUUGUGUUAACGUCCUCCAUAAAAAGUGAAAUUAUAGGAAGUUUCUUGUCAUAGCCGUGCAGCGACAUGUACAAAAAAACAUCACCCACGUGCAAAGUUGUUGUUUUGCUAUUGCUGUCUGGCCGUUUUCGUUACCGUUGCUGUCCUCGUUGCUUAAAGUUCCAUAGUCUAUGUCUUAGAUAGGUGUCCCUUCAAAGAGAGUUUUCUAAAAUAACAAAUGAGGAACGGGUAGAGAUCAAUUGUAUAGGUGCUAAUUUUAGGGUGGCAAAGAGAGAGUUUAGAAAUAUUUUCUUUUUUUUUUUCGGCAGAAAUGGCAAAUUCACUGAAAAGGCUCAGCAAAACUUGUUUAAUCCUUGGCGAAGCCGUCAACAGUGCUGAUUUAGCAAACCGUGCUCUAGAGAUCUAUAACGAAACGUAUGGAAAUAUGCGACACAGGGAAGUAUGUGCUAACCAUUUAUACAAUAAUGUACAUGUCUUCAAAAGAAUUUUUUUACAAUAACUGAACGACUUCUAACGCGCUGAUUGGUCGAGAGCUAUUUUCGACAAGAGCACAGACCAUGGAGAUGAUUGAUGGUGGCGCAGUUUGUUUUAAAUUUGUCCUAUAGAAAAUGGACUUUAAAAAUUGACGAUAUUAUUGUAAAGAACAAAUCGACAACCAUUUUCCAUUGUCUAUACUCUUGCCGGCCAUAGAAAUGACGUCAGAAUGUUCAAAGCUUUGUGCACCCCUCGUGGUCCCAUCUUUUGAACAUUUUGACGUCAUUUCUAUGGUCGUUAAGAGUACAAACCAUAGGAAAUACUUGUCGAUUGGUAAAACUAAGCGGGCGUAUUACUAGGGCCGGGAGGGGGUAGGGGGGUUGGAGUCAAGGUGCUCGGCACUUCAAUUUACACUUCAGAGACCCAGAAAGCACACUGAGCGUUAGCCCUGGUAAAAGGGAAUUAAGGAAUCACGCGAGGCAAAGAAAAAUGUAUUUUACCUUGGUGGGAAUCGAACCAACGACCCUCCGGAUCUUCUGCCGGCGGAACGACUACGUCAGAGGCAGAGAGUGGAGGGUAAUCAAGGUCGUGAAUCUUAUCCCGAAAUCAGGUUGAUCUAAUGCAGAGGUUGUGGGUUCAAUUUCCACCGAGUUUCAAAGAUUUUUUCCUUUCCCUCUCGUGCUCCCUUAUUCCCUCUCCUACGGUCAACGCUCAGUUAGAUUUUUGGGUCAUCCCUCACACUUCAAUUUACACAUAAGAGGCGAAGUUCGUCAUUUCAUCCUCAUCAGGUACAUUUGUUAGGUUAUUUAAUUAGGUAUUAUUCUAAAAACUCCUGCAAAGUCCACAAAUUCAGGGAGCUUAUUUCAUAUUUCGCGCCUCAGACUUGGGAGGGAAAAAGAGGGAAAUACAUAUACGCAAGAGCCAUUUGGCUCUUGAUAUGCGUUAUUAAUCAUUACCAAGCGUGAGGUCAAGAUGGCUGGAUGUCCUCUUUUUGCGUUUUUCUUUUUUCUGACCGAGACGAGGACGAGGUCAAUAAACUUACCCUUUUCUCUUACUUCGUACCACUAACGUAUUUCCCAAGAACGAUCCUUGACUGGAAUAAACUGCCUGAUUCUGUGGUAUUGGCUCCAACAUAGUAGCGGGUACAAUUUGGUUGUAAGCCCUUAAGUAUCAUUUAUAGGCCACGAUACCAUUUUGCCGAAUGAUAGAUAACUAGUGAACCUAUGUCCAGGUUUUAUCUGAGGUCAAACAGUUACAUCUUUAAAAACUUUAUUACUCUUUAGACCUUUAUUACAUUGUGGGCUAUUGGGCUAAAAUAUAUCUCAUCUAUAACGUUUAUAACAUUUAGGGACACUAACAUUCUCGGUCUCAUCCUGGUUUUAUUACCUUUGUUUGUGAGGAGCAACUAUUUACUACUUUACCUUAUAAUUACAGGUUAGGAAAUGCACGUUGAGGAUUGCUUACGCAUGCUCAAAGCUUGGACUUUUUAGCAAGGCUAAAGAAUAUAUCAAAGAGGUUGAACUUGGCUUUUCUCAGAAAAAUAUGGCCCAUCCAGAGUACGCUGUAUUUCUUCGAACAAAAACUGAAAUUACAUUGGACAAUCUUCAAUUUAGCUGGCCCAAGGAUGAAAAAGGCAUGCGAAAAAUGAUGUCAGAAGCAGAAACGGAUCUCAAUAGAGCAGACGUAAUCAUUCAACAGUCUCUUGGUUGCGAUCACCAACAGUAUGCAUUCUUGAAGGGAGAAAAAGCUCGUCUAUGCAUUCUGAUGGGCCAUUACAAAAAAGCCUAUAACGAGAUUCACUCUGCUCUGUCUAUAAUUGCUAAGAACUACCAAAAGCCAGACAUAGAGGCUGGUUUUUUGCUAAUUCGAGCAGAUGCUGAGGGCAAGCUUCAGCUGUCUUGUGCACAAGAGGAAUCCUUGGCAAGAGCAGAAAAAUUGUAUGAAGAAGCCUUUGACGAUAGUCAUCCAAUGGUUGCCACCACACUACAAAAACGAUGCCAGAAAAAUAUUGAUCUAACAAAUCUUUCUCGGGCGGGAGAAGACCUCGCAGCAAGCGAUAAGAUCUGUGAAAUUCAUAAAACUAGCUUACGAAGGCAACUAGACAGUAGUUGUUCUGGUUUUCUAGCAAACUACAGUUUGGAUCAUCACCCUGUUUUGAAGCGUCAACAGCAGCUAAAUAGGAGAAUAAAACGUGGUCCUGCUGGAGCAUGGUUUCAAUGA